AGACGAUUUAGUUUACUAUGUGAUAUGUAAAAUAAAUUUGUUAAAAAUUGUUAUUGGUCAGAAUCGUAAAGAGAAAAGUAAACGUCGUAUUUUUAACUUUUUUAUUGGGGUCUCUAAUAAGAAACGUUCCGUUUGUAAUUUUAAGCAAGUUAUGUGCACAUAUUAAGUUUCAUGAAAAUUUGUUAAUGUUGCUAUGAAUUAUGGAGGAUUAAAAAUUAAAAAUAAAACAGAUUCUUCAUAAGGUGUAGUCUACGACUGAGAUAAAUUGAGGAAUUUUUACAUGUCCAAGUGUUUACACUGGAACGGGAUGUUUCAAACUUUUAUCAGAGGUAAAAGAUUAAAAAUUAUGUCCUUUACUUUUUAAUUCGCAAUUCCGACGAACAGCAAUUUUGUUUAAUAUUUUAUACUUGACCUUUUAACAUCCCAAGGAAAAUUGAGGUAAUUUGGUCGAAUAUUAAAACAGUUUUAUUCCGUUUUAAAAGGUAUAGAAUACUUCCUGCAGCCACUGUAUAUACCGAAUGAGGGAAUAUCUUCAACUUGCGAAGAUGCUAUCUCGUUCCUAUACAUACAGUCUUGCAACGACUAUAAAGAAACGAGGGGAAACACGAGGGGAUCGUAAUAGACGAGCAGGUUAUUACUCAACGGCGAAAGCAACCAGUAGAAUCAUCGAUUAUCGCGUUAUCAUUUUCAGCGGUGCUCAAUAACGAGUUUCUAUAUGUAUAAUGAACGAUCGUAAUCAAAAUUAUAGACAUAACUAAACUAACAUUAUUCUCUUCUAUACUUACGUAUAAAAAUUCUAAUUUCUUUGAUCUCAGCUAACUUUAAAUAUACCUGCUUGUUAUGAAACAUGCAAUUAGGUCGCUGUGAAAAAUGAUAGUAAUGAUCGUCACUGAUCUAAUCUGUCACAGGUGAAAUCACUUGAUGAUAAGGCCAGUGUAUUCCGUGAGGAAUGUGCCUGUGUAUAAUGCAACUCAUUCAUUCACGCAGCAUUCUUGUAUGUACGAUCAUAGGGAUUCGUGGAUCAUGCAGCUCGAUCGUUUCAGCGAGCACUUAUUAACGUGUGGGCGGUCGAUCGUAGCGUGUGUUUGCACGCGAGAGUAACAUUACCGUUCAGUACACUCAGGACUCUGUUGCCGCGAACAUUAUUUCAUUUCGCAAACGAUUUUUCGAAACAGUUUUAUUGGAAGAUUCGAUCAACAACAGUGUGGCCCCAAACGUUCUUCAUUUGGAGGGACAUCGUCGUGGAGUUAUCGUUCGAUGUAUUGCAGCAGCAGCACUGCUUCCCAGAUCCGAGUCCCUUUCUUCGGGCGCGCGUCCACCGAUCUUGCAACAACCAGCAGCGACAGUGGGAUUUUACUUUCGUACAGCAGCUUUCGCUUUCCCCUCCUCGAGUCGUCUUCCAGGAAGGAAUGAGUUCCCCGUUUCGCUACGUGUCCUCGUGGUGAGGAGCAUUACGCACGGUCGUAGUGGAGUGUAGUAUACCUACACAUAGAGCCAGAGAAACGACCACACCUUGCCCGUUCACUAUAGUAGAGCGGAGGUUCGCCGCACACACGCGCACGCGGUUAAGAUGGCCGCGCGGACGGUGUACUCAUCGAUUGGACGCGUCUGUUUUUACCUCUGGCUGCUAGCAAUUACGGUGCCGUGUCAGGAACAAAUAUCACCGGGCAGUCGGUACUACGGCCGCGAUGGUGUAUACGUGCCAACGAACGGGCACGAUCAUCGGACCGACACUUACAUUUACAAGGACAGGAGGUACGGAUAUCGGCCCAGUUACCUGGACCCUGUUUACAGGGGACCCGUCAGGCGACCGGGUGAUCGAUUCCCGUACGAGGAAACGACUUCGAGACUCCCUUUACCUGGAGUGCUCGGCGGAUGGCGAGAGGACCUUCAAGGGAGGGAGAGACCCGACUCAAAAGACUUGGACAGAGACGUAACCGUAGGCACGAUUUAUGGGCAGGUGCAAGGAUUUAAAGUUCGCUUGUAUGAUGAUCCGCGAGCGAUGCAUAGGCCGUGGAGUUUGCCAGUGGAGAGAGUUACCAAGACGGUCAACGUAUUCCUGGGUAUUCCGUAUGCGUUGCCACCGACGAGGGAAGGGAGAUUCAAGCCACCAAGACCUCACACCGGUUGGCAGUUGCUCCAAGCCGUCGAUUGGGGACCGGCUUGUCCUCAGCCGAGCUCAUAUACCGGUGCCACUAAAGGAAUCAGAAACGUGGACGAAGACUGUUUAUAUUUAAACAUUUUUACUCCUUACAUCGGAUCUGGACUAGCUGAACUGUAUCCAGUUAUGUUUUAUAUUCACGGCGGGGAAUUCACUCAUGGCGCUAGUAAUUUGUUCCCCGGUCAUAUGCUGGCCGCGUUUUACAACGUGGUGGUUGUCUCUAUCAAUUAUCGAUUGGGAGCAUUAGGAUUUCUCAGUACGGGAGACGAGAACAGCCCUGGGAAUUAUGGGAUACUGGAUCAGGCUAUGGCGUUGAGAUGGGUGUUCGACGCUAUCAAGGCUUUCAACGGCGACCCAAACUCGAUCACGCUUUUCGGGCCCGGCGCUGGUGCGGCGAGCGCGGGAUUACUGAUGCUUGCGCCUAAGACUAGGGACAUGGUGUCUAAAGUGAUCGCUCAAUCGGGGUCCGCGUUGGCCGACUGGGCAGUCAUCAUUGAUAAAUACCGAGCGCAGAACACGUCCAGAGUGUAUGCGUCGAUGUUAGGCUGCAGCGUAGAAAGCAGCUGGAAACUAGUGCAAUGCUUGAAGGACGGUAGAUCCUUCCUUGAUCACGGCAAUUCUGAAUUGAAACCGCAAGUUGGAAUGUUCCCGUGGGCUCCCGUGUUGGAUAUCAAUUUCACGGUGCCUCGUGACGACUGGUACGAGAACUGGAGAGCAUCGGACUGGCGAUUCUUUUUGGAAACACCGGAAGAGAGCAUUAAAAAUCGUAGGUUUAAGCCAGAUCUGGCGUACAUGGCUGGUGUGACGACUCAGGAAGCUGCAUACAUCAUACACAGCAACGUCACGUUAGCUAGAAAUCAGUUUAUCAUAGACGAGGGGAUGUUCGAUCAAAAAAUCUGGGAAUUGGUUCUUCAGUACAACUACACUCUCAAUCCCCAAGGCGUGUAUGAGGCUAUAAAAUAUAUGUACACCUACUGGCCGGAUCCGAAAAAUAUAACUCUAAUUCGCGACCAAUACAUUAAUUUGUUAACCGAUUUUCAUUUCGUUGCACCGUUUGAUAAAAUCGCCAAAUUAUUGGUGGAGAAGCGUGUGCCUACGUAUUUGUACGUAUUGAACACGACUGUAGAGGCGUUGAAUUUACCGCAUUGGCGAAGAGUUCCUCACGAUAUCGAAUUACUUUGGCUGACCGGAGCACCCUUCAUGGACAUUGAAUUCUUCCCUGAAAAGCUGAAGUUGAAACGAGACGUCUGGACGGAUAGCGACCGCAAUAUGAGCCACAUUUUCAUGCAAGCGUAUUCAAACUUCGCGAGAUACGGAAAUCCUACUCCAUCGCAAAUCUUGGGAUUGCAUUUUGACGUCGCGAAACAGGGACAACUGCGGUAUUUGAAUAUCAACACUACGCUGAACAGUUCAAUUUUAUUGAAUUAUCGACAAACCGAAAGUGCCUUCUGGUCCAUGUACCUGCCAACCGUUAUCGGCCGCCUGGUGCCUACAUAUCCGCCGGUUACCGAAUAUUGGUGGGAACCGAAACAACCGUUGCAGAUUGCCUUCUGGUCAGUCUCGACCGCGUGUCUCCUAUUAAUCGUUCUCUGCGUGGUGUGUUGCAUGCUUUGGCGUAAUGCCAAAAGACAAUCUGACCACUACUAUAGCGGAGACGUCCUCAUGGUGCGAGACGACGACCCUUCGGAGGGAAUCGAGAAUAUGACUCGCGCCUCGAAGGAGAACGUCUGCGAGUACCGGGACACGCCACCAGUCCGGGCCAGGAUACCGCGAGAGAACGAAGCCAAGUUACAAGAACGAUUGGCACAGAAUCGGAAAUUCAGCUCGACGCCGUCGUUGAGGAGCAAUUCGAACAUCUCGUUGAAAGACAUGCGCUCGGAGGGAUUCGUCACUAGUUCACCAAACGGGCAGCCUAGACUGGGCAAGGCUGUGAGCCAGUCUUCGCUGCCCAAAAGCAGGACACAAUUGGUUCAAGGUGUUCCUCAGACGGCUGUAUAAUACAUUCUUACCGGAGUACCUUUUUUAACGCUACCUACGUUAAGUUGUUUCUUUCGAGGAAAGGAACUCCCAAAUUCCUGCCGGAUCGUCCGAAGUCUAAAGCGUAUCGGAUCGGUUGAACAGUUAUUUUUAGCCAUUUACACACGGUAUGUGUUCAUAUAUGUAUACACGAGACUUUCUCUUAAGUAUUCGAAGGUACUAAGCAGGAGGAAAGAUUUUACAAACGACUGAAGCCAUCAAUGAUUCAAGUUUCGGCUCUGAACAUUUCAUCCGUCCACGAUAAUAUUCUAUUAACGUAGCACUGUACAUAUCGAUACACGUAUUUUCUACUUUUUUUUAAUGUUAAUUUUUACCACAUUUUAAAGAUAAAUGUUAUAACUUGUAGGAUAUAUAUAAAUAAUGAGAUUUAUUUUUUACGAGGCAGCAACACGCGCAAUAGUAAUAUAUCUAUGUAACGUCAUAAUAGAAUUAAUUUACGAAACGGACGUAAUUGCAGUAGUUCGCUUAGGCAAAAUGGAACUGUACUUCGUUCCUUCAACGAAACAAAUAGCUAGGAUUUAUGUUAACGAUAUAUUUGUAUAAAUCGAUUUACUUAUAGUAUUAUUAAGAAACACGUGUAGCUGUAGCGGAGACGAUCUCAUUGUCACGAAUUUUGAUAAUGUAAGUUUUUUUUCACGAAUUAUAUACGCGCGAGAAACUUGAAUUUAAGCAAGAUUCAAAUCGAUUUGCCUUAACGUUGUACGGCAGCAAUGAUAGAAGACGAAUAAAGAGAAUACUUACUCUGAAA